AUGGCAGCGACUAAGGAACAGUUCGGACGCCGCCUUGUGCCCCAUGUCAUCGACGACAUCGCACAGACUGAGCCAACGCGAGAAUGCUUUGCCAUUCCUCGUUCCAACAACCCCCAAGACGGGUGGAAGCCCGUCUCGUUCAAACAGUACGCCAAUGCUAUUAAUCAUGUAGCACACAGAAUCAUCGAGAUCUGUGGACACCCACCUGCCAACACCUUCCCUACUAUAGCCUACAUUGGCCCCAACGAUGCUCGCUACGUCGUCAUGGUGGUUGCCGCACUCAAGGCCGGCUACAAGGCUCUCCUAAUCUCCCCUCGCAACUCACAAGAGGGACAGAUGAGUCUCUUUGACAAGACCGACUGCCGCGUCCUCGCCUUUCCGGCAAGCCAUCGUAAGAUGGUUCAGCCGUGGCUGCAGGAGAGAGAGAUGCAGGCGGUCGAAGUGGGUCCCAUGGAGAAGUGGUUUGUAGAGCACGACGUCACGCCGUUUCCUUAUACCAAGACCUUCGCCCAAGCUGAGUGGGAGCCGCUCGUGGUCCUCCAUACCAGCGGCUCAACUGGUAUCCCGAAGCCCAUUGUGUGCCGGCAGGGCAUGAUGGCCAUAGGCGACGCCCAUCGCAAUCUUCCUGAGUGGGAAGGCAAGAGGCCCUUCAUAUACGAAUGGGCCCAGAGGUCAAAGAGGAGUUUCGACCCCAUGCCCUUGUUCCACGCUGCUGGCAUGUACCUGUUCCUCAUCACAGCAAUCUACUACGGAACUCCCAUCGCGUUAGGGGUGGUCGACCGGCCUCUGUCUUCCGACCUGGUGGCUGAAUGCCUCAAAUACGCCGACGUUGAAGGCGCUAUGCUGCCACCUGCAAUCUUGGAAGACAUGAGCCAGAGCGAUCAGCACAUUGAACAGCUCAAGAAGCUGAAAAUGGCUGUAUUCGGUGGAGGAAACUUGGCGAAAGAUGCUGGGAAUCGCAUGGUCAAGCAAGGCGUUCGUCUGGUGAACGCAAUAGGCUCUACGGAGUUUUUCCCAUUCCCAUUCUACUGGCAGCCGAAUCCCGACCUUUGGCAGUACUUCGUCUUCAACUCGGACAUUUUUGGUGCAGACUGGCGCAAGAUGGAAGGUGAAGACGAUGUCUACCAGCUAGUCAUUGUCCGUAAGAACCAGCAUCCGGGACUCCAGGGGCUCUUCUAUACCUUCCCCGACGACAAGGAAUGGGACACGAAGGAUCUCUAUAAACCACAUCCCACCCUGCCUGACCACUGGAUCUACUAUGGACGGUCGGAUAACAUCAUCGUCUUCUCCAACGGAGAGAAGCUCAACCCAGUGACGAUUGAAGAAAUCGUGAUGGAUCACCCACAGAUCCAAGGUGCAGUGGUCGUGGGCGCUCAACGAUUCCAACCAGGGCUCAUUCUCGAACCGACAGAACCCCCCAAGGAUGAGAGUGAGGCACAGAAGCUGAUCGAUAGUGUCUGGCCUCAUGUGGUGCGCGCUAAUAAGGAGACGGUUGCUCACGGGCAGAUUGGCAAGGAUUUCAUCAUCCUUUCAAACCUGGAGAAGCCAUUCCAUCGAGCUGGCAAGGGCACGAUUCAGAGAGCCAGUACACUGAAGCUGUAUCGGGAUGAAAUCGACCAGCUGUACAAGAAGGCCGGAGAACUCUCUAGCGAGGCAGCUCCCCGUAUGGACAUCAGCUCGGAGCAGACAUUGAUCGACUCGAUCGAGGAGAUGUUCCAAACCCGCUUGGGUGCCCCAGAGGACCUGAACCCAGACACCGACUUCUUCUCAGCAGGGAUCGACAGUAUGCAAGUCAUCAAUGCUUCUCGACUGCUGCGUGCUGGCCUUGAGGCUGCAGGCUGUCGUGUCGAUGCUACGGCGAUGGCUACGCGCGUUAUCUAUGGCAAUCCCACCCCUCGCCGUCUUGCCAGCUACAUCAACUCGGUCAUCCGCGAGGGCACCAAGUCUUCCCCCGAGAGCGAAGAGCAACACGAGUUGCAGUCCAUGAAGGCACUCUGGAAGAAAUACACCAGCGAUCUUCCCAAGGCCAUCGAAGGACGACCUGCUCCCGCAGAUGAAGGCCAAACUGUGAUCAUGACCGGCUCGACGGGAAUGCUGGGGUCAUACAUGUUGGACCUCAUGGUCAAGAACAGGAAUGUGAAGAAGAUCAUCUGUCUGAACCGCGCCGAGGAUGGAGGUGCCAAGCAGCAGGCGAAGGCCAUGAAGGAGCGCGGUCUUGCCUCGGAAUACGCCUCCAAGUGUACACUUCUCCACGCCGACAUGUCUCGCUCCGACUUUGGCUUGCCCCGCGAUACCUUCAACGAGCUCCUCAAGACGGCUGAUCGCAUCAUCCAUAACGCCUGGCCAGUCAAUUUCAACAUCCCGACCGAGUCAUUCGCACCACACCUGCGCGGUGUCCGCAACGUCGCAGACUUCGCCACCAAUGCUGCCAAGCGUGUCGCCGUCGUCUUCAUCUCCUCCAUAGGCACAGGCGAUCGCUGGCCCACUGAGAAGGGUCCCGUACCGGAGGCCCGACUUGAAGACCUCGAGCUGCCGGGAGGCGGCUACGGCCGAAGCAAGAUGAUUGGCAGUCUCAUCCUCGAAGACGUGGCCAAGUCUGGCGAUUUCCCCGCCGCCAUCAUUCGCGUCGGGCAGAUUGCCGGACCUGAAGGCGAGGCCGGGUUCUGGAACAAGCAGGAAUGGCUGCCUUCGAUCAUUGCAAGCAGCUUGUAUCUGAAAGCUCUGCCUCGCAACCUGGGACAAAUGGAGCGCGUCGACUGGACACCCUGUGAGAGAAUCGCCAGCCUGGUGUUGGAAGUCGCCGGCGUGUCGCAGAAGGUCGCACCCAAGGACAUCAGCGGGUACUUCCACGGUGUCAACCCAAAGUCCACCACCUGGACGGAGCUGGCGCCAGCAGUGCAGCAGUUCUACGGCAAGGAUCGCAUUCGCGAACUGGUCAGCUUCCAGGACUGGGUGAAGAAGCUGGAGGAGAGUCAGGCGGCCGACACCUCAUCUUUGGACAAGAACCCCGGUGUCAAGCUUAUCGACUCGUACCGCGGGAUGGCCUCUGCCGAUGAGAAUGAGCCGGUCGUGUUUGACAUGACGCGCACCACGCAGCGGAGCGCUGCUAUGCGGACCGCUGAGGCUGUCACGCCGAAGCUGAUGCAGCACUUCUGCAAGCAGUGGGGGUUUUAG